UACUUCACCGUUUUUCUCUGCAGAUUCUUCACUAAUAAUGAAUUCUUUGUUCUUAUUAGGUUACUUUUACAGUAGCUGUAUUCUGCUACUUCUGGUGCACCAAGCUAGUAGUUGGGGGCCGUUGGAUCCCACAAAAAGCUUCAUAUCUUUACCAUUUAACAGAUCAUAUUAUCACAUUCAGAAACCAUAUGAUGUGCCUGAAAAUCAAAGAUACAGCUUCAAAAAUGGAGUUCACAGGUUAUGGGUUUUUGCCACAGACAAACCACACACUAUUACAAGCCAAACGAAACCUCGAACCGAGAUUGCCAUUCAAGGGUACAAUUAUUCAUCGGGAGUUUGGCAAUUCGAAGGGCACGCCUAUGUGCCAUAUGGGACGUCUGGCGUAUGUAUCAUGCAAGUGUUUGGGGCUGAUCCUCCUCAUGCGACCACCGCAAUGAUCAGAGUCUACAAUGGUUCGCUAACGUAUUAUCAAGAGUCCGUCCUAGUUUCGAGCAUCUAUAACCAGUGGUUCCGGCUAAAUGUUAUCCAUGAUGUCGAUGCUAAAAAAGUUAGGGUAUAUAUUGAUGGUUUUCUCAAACUAGAAGCACAAGGCCGUGGAGGGUCUUCUCACGCAUUUAAAUGUGGUGUUUAUGCUCAAAAUAAUGAUUCGUAUUACAUGGAAUCGCGUUGGAAGAACAUCAAAAUUCUGAAAAAAUGUGAUUGAGAAUAGACGAACAUUACCAUAUGUAUAUUCAUAUGCGUGCUAUGUAUCUUUACUUUUAUCCAUUUCUCCGUAUGAGUCGGAAUAAAUAUGUUUAAGACAA